AUAAUUCAGUGAGGCAGAGCGGUCAAACUCUCGGUAACUACCACCGUACUUUGCAGUGGGAAUCCCUGCCUGGUGGCUGGGAUACUUUUGUUCAACUUAAUUUUGGGACAAGCUCAAAGAAAUAACGUAUGUGAUACGGCGCUGAUCCUGGAGCUUCACGCAUUACCUCUGGACACACUGUAAACUGGCAACCCACGGUAUCUACUCGUACGCGCUGUGUUGUGAUGGCUAGCCGUCGUCGCUAUCAGGCUAGCUAGCUGAAUGGCUGGUGGUGGUACUGCCGUGGAGAAGGCGAUAAUUAGAUAGCGGUUGCUGGGCUGUUCUGUAUACUUCUGCGUCUCCUGACAUUCCACAUAAGGCCACAUAACGGAUAAUGCUUUGCGUGUCAUGGUGAGGAAGCCUCUCCGAUGGACGGGUGAUGUUUAGACCCAGAGGAUAACUCACCAUGCGUGUCAAAGUAAUGGAGCACUUUUCUGCAUAAAAUCAUGCAUCCUGUCAAAACUGCUCUUGCUUGCUGCUGCUGCAGAGAUUGCCGCUCCUUACAUGUGGACAAAUCGGCCAGUUUGUAAACACCAGCAGCUACAACUGGAUGUGCACUCUUAUCUUUUAUAUUUUUUUUAGUAGUGCUUCCAGUUAAAUAUCGAUUGUGUGUCUAUGUGGCUUGGAUAUGCUUGGAUACAUUUAAACAUAAGCGUGAACUUGUGCAAGGGAAGCCGAAAGAAGGAAGUCCAGGACGGGAUAGGCAGAAAGAAAAUUCCUGCUCCCGCAGAAACAUGGCCUCUGUUUGGAAGAGACUGCAGCGUGUGGGGAAGCAUGCCUCCAAAUUCCAGUUUGUUGCUUCCUAUCAGGAACUGAUGGUGGAAUGUACUAAGAAAUGGCAACCUGACAAACUGGUGGUGGUUUGGACACGCAGAAGUCGGCGGAAAUCCUCCAAGUCCCAUGGUUGGCAGCCUGGUAUCAAAAAUCCCUACAGAGGUGUGGUGGUGUGGCCUGUACCAGAAAAUGUUGAGAUCACCGUCACUCUUUUUAAGGAUCCACAUGCAGAGGAGUUUGAAGACAAAGAGUGGACAUUUGUCAUUGAAAACGAGUCCCCGUCAGGGCGGAGGAAGGCUUUGGCCACCAGCAGUAUAAACAUGAAACAGUAUGCCAGUCCCAUGCCCACACAGACGGAUGUUAAACUCAAAUUCAAGCCCCUGUCAAAGAAGGUGGUGUCAGCCACGCUGCAGUUCUCCCUCUCCUGCAUCUUCCUCCGUGAGGGAAAGGCUACUGAUGAGGACAUGCAGAGCCUGGCCAGCCUGAUGAGCAUGAAGCAGGCAGAUAUCGGCAACUUGGAUGACUUUGAGGAGGAGAACGAGGAGGACGAGGAGAACAGGGUUAACCAGGAGGAGAAGGCUGCUAAGAUCACAGAGAUAGUAAACCAGCUGAAUGCCCUCAGCUGCUUACAUGGGGAUGAUGAUGAUGAUGAUGGUGAUGGUCUCCCUAAGCGAGCAAGCAAAGCAACCGCUAAGCCUGCCGCUUCCUCCCAAGAGCUGAUCAACAAGCUGAACUUCUUAGAAGACGAGGACCGGGAAACGACUCCUGCCAUGAGCAACAACCCUUUUGACGAGCCUGAUGAUGACCUUCAUCCCAACCACCUCAACCCGUUUGACGAUCCGGAUGAGGAAGAGUCUCCUGCCCAGCCUGUACCACAGAAGCGAGUGGAUGAUGAAUCCUAUGACCAAGACUUCUCAAAUCCAUUCAAUGAGCCAGAAGAACCAGAGACGCACAUUUCUCCGGGAAACCCAUUCGAGGAGCCGGACCAGGACACGGAUCCCCAGCCAGACCCUGAACCCCCAAAGCCCAGGCAGAGAAAGGGAGUUCGACCGGUUGACAUGAGCAAAUACUUGUAUGCUGACACCGCUCACAACGAGGAGGAGGAGCUCGACGAGUCCAACCCGUUCUAUGAGCCAAGAACAUCGAGCCCCGUGCGGGCUCCCGCUGGCAGCCCCUCCCUCGAUGUGGGCAGCAGCCAGAAGAGGAGGGCUCCCCCGCCCCCAGGUCCAAGCCCUGGACUUGGCCCCAGUCCACCAGCUCCCAAACCCAGCUCUGGUCCAGAGAGGGAGAGAACCCAGCCUGUCGGGCCCAGCCCAGUGGCAGCAGUGAUGGGGAGAGAGCUGGCCUCCUCCUCCCCCAAGCCCAGUCCUGUCCCAAGUCCGGUUCUCGGAGGGAAGCCGAACGCCAGCCAGUCUCUGCUGGCCUGGUGCCGUGAGGUCACCAAGAACUAUCGUGGGGUCAAGAUCACCAACUUCACCACCUCCUGGAGGAAUGGACUGGCCUUCUGUGCCCUGCUGCACCACUUCAGACCUGACUCUAUAGACUACAAGUCGCUCAAUCCUCAGGAUAUUAAAGAAAACAACAAAAAGGCGUAUGAUGGCUUUGCGAGCCUGGGCAUCUCCCGUCUCUUGGAACCCUCUGACAUGGUGCUGCUCGCUAUUCCUGACAAGCUUACGGUGAUGACGUACCUGUACCAGAUCCGGGCCCACUUCUCCGGCGAGGAGCUUAACGUGGUGCAGAUUGAGGCCAACAGCAAUCGCAGCACAUACAAAGUGGGUGACUUUGAAACCGACACAAACGCCUCCAUAGGCCAGGACAAGUUCUAUGCUGAACUGGGUGAUGUGCAGCCGCGUCAGGGUUCCUCUCAGUCCGCAGAAUCCGAUGGUGGCGCUAACGCAGAGGCUAACGGCGCUAAAGCCGCUGAAGAAGAGGCGACAGAGCUGGGCUCUGAAGUAGGAGCAGUUUCGGCCAGCUUGCCAACAGCAGCGUCCUCACCUCCUGUCCCGUCACCACGUACAGUAUUACCUGCGGCCGCCACGGACUCAACCCAUGUGACACAGCAAGGCUCUGAGGAAAGGGGGACUCUGCUCAAAGCCAACACUUUAGACAUCAGCGAGUUACCCCAGAGAGUGGAGAGAGAGAUGGAGAAGGUGAGACAGCAAAAGGAGGCAGGAGAGGACAGAAAGGAGGGAAGUACAGAACCAGUGUCCCCCAGCAGGAGAGGGAUCUCCACACCCCCCUUGUCUUCCUCACCACCACACCAGAAACUUGGUUUUUCCUAUAACAGGGACGCUGACCUCCUCAAGAAGAAAAGGGCCAUCCUUCGUCACGCAGAGUCUGAGCCCGCCUCAGAGUCCAGCUCACCUCCUGUCAACCACACAGACACGCCUCCCAAACAGGAACCUGCAUCUGUUCCUGUAUCAAGUCCCCCAGCUGAGAAGAAGGUGCUUUCUCGUCAAGAGGAGCUGAAGGAGAGAGCCAGGCUCCUCCUGGAACAGGCGCGCAGAGACGCUGCAAUGAAAGCCGGCAACAAGAACGUCCCCAACUCGGCUGUGACCGCACUCACCAGGACCACAAACGUCUGCGACGAGCGUGAUGCAGAGCGGCGAAGACAGCUGAGAGAGCGGGCCAGGCAGCUGAUAGCUGAGGCUCGCUCUGGAGUCAAGAUGUCUGACAUGAGCCUGCUGGAUGUGUCCAGCACUGAGAGAGGAAAGGGCAGCAGAGGAAGCCCUGCUGCUGAUGUUUUGGAUGGAGUGAGAGGUCAUCACGAGGAUAGUGAUGAAAGGGGUAAGGAGGAGGAGGAGGAGGAGGAGGGGAGGGCUGAGGAGGACAGGCUCCAUUUUGCUGGUGCUGAUGAUGAUGCUACUGUUGCUGCUGCUGCUGCGUUUGCACUGGAUACUAACCCACUGCCACUGGAGGCCUCAGUUCCAGCCACAUCCAGCACCCACGGGUCCCUGGAGCUUACUAACCCCAGCUCUGAGCUAACCUCUCUUGGUACCAACAGUAAGCACGUGGACCUGAAGCUGAAGAAGCUGGUGGAAAUCAGCCCACGAGGAGUCACUUCUCCUUCUUCCCCGUCCUCCACCUCCUCCUCAUCCUCACCCACUGCCACCUCCUCCUCCUCCCCACUUAGCCCCACAGAAGGACAGGAGAAUAACGCCGAGGAGCUGAGAGCAGAGCGGCUACGCAGAGCGACGGAAAGGUUGCGCAGCCCGGUAGUUUUCAACAAGGACUCUGCAGUCCGUAAAACACAGCUGAAGUCCUUCAGCCAGUAUGUGGAGAGCAGACCAGAAGUGAAAAGGCAGAGGUCUGUUCCUGAGGAUCUGAAGAAGGCCGAGGAGGAUCGCGGUUCGCCAACAGAGAUCGAUAUUCGCAGACCAUUUGAAGAGGAGAAGGCGUUCAAAGACACCAGUCAGUAUGUGGUUGGGGAGCUGUCUGCACUGGAGAGCGAGCAGAGGCACAUAGACGCCCGAGCAGCUUGCGUGGAGAAGAGGCUGCGCUAUCUCAUGGACACAGGGAACAAUAAGGAGGAGGAGGAAGCCAUGAUGCAGGAGUGGUUCAUGUUGGUCAACAAGAAGAAUGCACUCAUCAGAAGACAGAACCAGCUCUCUCUGCUGGAGAAAGAGCAUGAUCUGGAGAGACGCUUCGAACUGCUGAACAGAGAGCUGAGAGCCAUGCUGGCUAUCGAGGACUGGCAGAAGACCGAGGCCCAGAAGAGACGAGAGCAGCUGCUGCUGGAUGAGCUGGUCAUACUGGUCAACAAGCGGGACGCUCUGGUCAGAGACCUGGACGCCCAGGAGAAGCAGGCCGAGGAGGAGGACGAGCACCUGGAGAGAACGUUGGAGCAGAACAAAGGCAAGAUGGCCAAGAAAGAGGAGAAGUGUGUGCUUCAGUGAUCGUCACAUCAGAGAAACACAAAUAACAAAUGUAGCCGAUAAAAGAAAUGUAUUAUUAUUAUUAUCAUUGUUAUUAUUAUUAUAUCAUGAUUUAUAUUAUUUAAUAGCAGCGUUUCGAUAUUUCAAUCAAUUCCAAUUUUAUCUGGUUGUUUCAGUCACAUGAAAUACAGAGACUCGGCUGAAUGAAAAAGGUAAACUUUUCUAUUAUUAUUGUUAUUAUUUGAAUUCUCCUUUGCUUUACCAUGGAUGGUACCUGUAUGUAAUAUGAAUCUGAGACGAGAGCAGACUGUACAGUGUGUGUGUGUGUACUGACACUGUGGCUCUGUGUGAACGUGGAGAGCAGUCACUUUGAGGUACAGCAGUAACAACUGGGUGUUUGGUUUAUUUUCGUGUGUGUUCAUCACGUCGAGGCUGACGUCUCAGUUGGACUUUUAAAGGAAAAUAAUAAUAACAUCAGUCUCUUCAAGCUACUUCAUUACUUGACUGUAUCUUUUAAUUCCUUCUCUUAAAGGUUUUUACUUGUAAAAUAUCUUAACGGGGUAAAGGGGGGCGGGGGCACACUAUGGUUCCUAAAUCUUACUUAAAUCUAAACUUUCCUAUUGCUUUUUUUUAUUAUUGUCUUGGCUUGAAAGCAGUUUACCAAAAGAAAGAUGUUUAAAAAAAAUAAAAAUAAAUCAUGCGUUGUAUAUUUCUAUCACUGCUCAAACCAACAGCUUCAAAAACUCAUCUUUUAUUUGUCAUGCAGUCAAAAACAAAAAAGAGAGUACAUACAUAUAUAUAUAUAUAUUAUUUAUUGUCGUUGGUCUUUUAAGCUGCUUGUUCCUGAAUCUACAUCACAGUUCAUGUGCGUUUUGCUGCAUCAACCUUUUUGUUUGUGUUGGUUUCUGUAUUUAUUGUAUGUGAAGAAGAGAACUUUGCUUCCACGUUAGAGCUCCACUCUGCUGUGUGAACAUUUGAUCUGUUUAUUUAUUCCAGUGUCAUAACCCAAGUUCUUCAAAUAAUAAAGUCCUCAUGAUUUCAUACUCCA